AUGGCUUUCGGCCCAUUCGAAUGUUUUAGCACACUCUCUACGUUCCAACGACGUCGCGCUCUUAAGCUCAGUACUGAAAAAACCACAGCAUCAAACAGAAUAACAAGGGCCCGUGUCCUUACUAGAGCUUGUGCAAUCGAGGAAACAAUGCUGAAGGAAAUUCUUUCGGUCAUACGGUCAGAUUCCACUUAUGUGGUACCUGAAUUGACUUUGGAUCCGAAACUGAAGUAUUGGGUAUUGAUUCCAAUAUCUAUCGUUAUGGUUCUAGCAGGGGUAAUUAGACAAUACAUCAUGAACCUCAUUGGUGUCAAAGUCAAAGGGAUGCCACGGGUAAAAUUAACAGAGACACAACACAUCAAUAGAGUUCACGCAUUACUAGGUAAUGGUUCAAACCUAUCGGAAGAAUCAUUUCAGAUGAAAAGAGACUAUUUGACAAAAGUAAUGACAGAGACAAAAUACCUUGCAAAAACCACCACUAAAGAAGGAGAAAUGCAAAAUUUAUUCACGGAUCCUAAUACUUCAGAUUCCAUAACAAGAAUGGCCAAGGGAAACCUCGCAAGCUUCAUUCCUCAAACGAUCAUCAUGUGGUGGGUUAAUCACUUCUUCGCAGGCUUCGUCCUUAUGAAACUUCCAUUCCCACUAACUCCAAGAUUCAAAGAGAUGCUACAAAGCGGUAUAAUGACUCCAGAUCUAGACGUCCGCUGGGUAAGUAGUAUCUCAUGGUAUUUUAUUUCGGUUUUGGGUCUCAAUCCCGUAUACAAUCUGGUUCUGUCAGAAAGUAAUGCAGCAGAUGGCUUAGCACAGCAAAAUUCAAUGGGGGGCAUGCCGGGCGAACCCAAACCAGAAGCAGUCAUGAAGAAUUUAGCCAAUGACCUGACUAUUGCCCCACAAGAGUCCUGUUUCGAUGGAAUCGAGCAAAGGGUACUCGGUAAAUAUUUAUCGAAGUAA